GAGAAUAGUAAGUAGUUCAGAGGAGUUUUCCUGGAGAAGAAGCAAACUUGAAGCUCCGUCGUUAAAAAGAAAAAACAAAUCGGAACUUCACAUCUUCCCCGGAGAAAAUCGAAUUAUACUAGUAGCGAGGCUGAUUCUCCGAAGAUGGAUGUGAUAAAGACGCAGCAGAUAUCAGCAAGGACGAUCGAGAAAGUGGUCGUUCACCCACUCGUCUUGCUUAGCAUCGUCGACCAUUACAACCGCGUCGCUAAGGACUCUCGCAAGCGCGUCGUCGGUGUUCUUCUCGGCAGCAGCUCCCGUGGCGUCGUCGACGUCACCAACAGCUACGCAGUGCCCUUCGAGGAGGAUGACAAAGACUCGAGUAUAUGGUUUCUUGAUCACAACUACCAUGAAUCAAUGUUCCACAUGUUCAAGAGAAUUAACGCCAAGGAGCAUGUUGUAGGUUGGUACAGCACGGGCCCUAAACUCCGAGAGAAUGAUUUGGACGUUCACGCGCUCUUCAAUGGUUAUGUUCCAAAUCCAGUGCUUGUCAUUAUUGAUGUACAGCCUAAAGAAUUGGGGAUUCCCACAAAAGCUUAUUAUGCUGUGGAGGAGGUCAAGGAGAACGCUACUCAGAAAAGCCAGAAAGUGUUCGUCCAUGUGUCAACAGAAAUAGCUGCUCAUGAAGUGGAGGAGAUCGGUGUGGAACAUUUGCUUAGAGAUGUGAAAGACACAACUAUCAGUACCCUGGCGACUGAGGUUACUGCCAAACUUACUGCUUUGAAGGGGCUUGAUGCACGUCUUCGGGAGAUCCGGAGUUACCUUGACCUUGUGAUUGACGGGAAGCUCCCUCUAAAUCAUGAGAUUCUAUACCAUCUGCAGGACGUUUUCAACUUGCUUCCAAACCUGAAUGUGAACGAGUUGGUGAAGGCCUUCUCAGUGAAAACAAAUGAUAUGAUGCUCGUUAUCUAUCUAUCGUCCCUCAUCCGAAGUGUAAUUGCGCUCCACAACUUGAUCAACAACAAGUUACUGAACAAGGAACAUGAGAAAGCAGAGGACUCAAAGCCCGUGGCCAUACCCGCCACUAGCUAAACCGCGCUGAUCAGAUGUGUUUAGUUAGUCAUCAUUGUCCCUACGAUGAAGGCGGCUGUUUAGUGUUGUUUCUCCCAAAAGAAAGUGACAAGCCGGGUUGUACGAGUUUAGUUUGAUAACGGGUCUCUUUCUGAGUGUUGAUUUUUCUCUGUUGUUUGGAUUCAGAAUGUGUUAUCAAGGAGUCUUUUUUUUUCAUUUUUCUUUCAAGAUGGUUAGGUGAUACAAAGUUUAAACGCUAAUGCGUCGAAAUCUCCACAAAGGGUCAUUGUGGUUAACAUUGAAAGUAUUAAGAUAGUUUGACACAGCGUGUGUGUUUAAUUUUAUUCUCUA